GUCUGACCAAAGUCACGCUCUUCUUCUCCUGCCUUUAGUGCAUUUGCUUCACACCUUGAUCUGGGAUUCAAGAGGAUUAAAUAGACCUGAUGGGGCUUUAAUCCAAUACUCACACAACAUAUAACACAAAAAUAUUGUCUCUGACUUUGUCAAAAGUAUGGCUGGUAUGGGAAGCUUUUUUCUGGAGUACGCCAGUGCUACCUCUGUACUGGGCACUGUUUUGAUUCUACUUGUCUUGUAUGUAUUUUUCCCCAACUUUGACCAUGAAAGAAAGGAGCCUCCAGGACCCAGGCCACUGCCUGUGUUGGGCAAUUUGCUGCAGCUGGAUCUGAAGUCACCCCACAGUACACUGUUCAAGCUUUCCAAGAAAUAUGGAUCGGUGUUCACGUUGUAUUUCGGACCCCAGAAAGUUGUAAUCCUGGCGGGAUACAAGACACUGAAGGAGGCACUGGUCAACCAUGCUGUGGAGUUUGGAGACAGAUAUGUUGCUCACUCAUUCAAUGACUUAACUAUCACAGAACAUAAAGGAAUCUUAUUUGCCAAUGGGGAGUCAUGGAAAGAAAUGAGGCGUUUUGCUCUGAGCAACCUGAGAGACUAUGGGAUGGGCAAAAAAACGAUAGAGGAGAAAAUCAUUGAGGAGACUCAGUAUCUGUUCAACGUGUUUGAAAAGCAUGAAGGUAAACCCUUCAGUCCCACAGAGCCAAUAAAUUGUGCAGUUUCCAAUAUCAUCUGUGCAAUUGUCUAUGGCAACAGAUUUGAAUACAGUGAUACAGAGUUUACACGUAUGAUAGACCGGGCCAAUAUGAACCUUCGACUUACAGGCUCUCCGUCAGUGCAGUUGACCAACAUGUUCCCCUGGAUGACCAAAUGGGUGAGCAACAGGGCGCGUCUCAAGAAGAGUGCUGCUGAUAAUAGAGAACAAAUAAGGCGGCUGAUCAAACAACUACAAGAAACUUUAAAUGUUCAGAUGUGCAGAGGAUUUGUGGACUCCUACCUGGCCCAUAAACAGAAGCUAGAGGAUUCAGGGAUUAUGGACUCAUUCUACAACACAGGCAACCUUGUGUCAAGUACUGCCAACCUUUUUUCGGCUGGUACUGAUACUACAGCAACUACACUGAGAUGGGCUCUGUUAUUCAUGACCAAGUAUCCUCAAAUACAAGCCAAAGUCCAGGAGGAGCUGAGCAGGGUGAUCGGAGGCCGUCAGGUUCGGGCAGAGGACAGGAUGAACCUGCCCUACACUGACGCUGUCAUCCACGAGAUACAGAGACUGGCCAAUGUCCUUCCUAUCGCUGUCCCUCACCUAACCAGCACAGAUGUGACCUUCCAAGGCUAUUUUAUUAAAAAGGGGACCAUUGUGUUUCCUCUUUUAACGUCUGUUCUGUGGGAUGAAAAUGAGUGGGAGACCCCUCGCACCUUUAAUCCCGCCCAUUUCUUGGACAAGAAUGGGAGGCUUGUCAAGAGAGAUGCCUUCAUGCCUUUCUCUGCAGGUCGCAGGGCGUGUCUGGGAGAAAGCCUGGCUCGGAUGGAGCUCUUCCUCUUCUUCACCUCCCUCCUCCAGCGCUUUCGUUUCACUCCUCCAUCUGGAGUCACAGAGGAUGAACUGGAUCUGACACCAGCUGUGGGCUUCACUCUCAACCCGUUACCUUAUGAGCUGUGUGCCGUCAGCAGGGUCAAAUAAUCCUGUUAAACUGCAGCUCUUCAUGAGAUGAACUGCACCUUUAGUAAGCUUUAGCUGUACGCAUUCGUACAAAUAAUACGUUAGCCUCUAACACACUGCCUUACACACUGAAAUGGGAACUUGCUUUGGAUCAAUAACAUCUGUUUAUUGGUUGUUUUUUUUUAAUCAGUUAGCAUAGAGUUAUGAAAACUAACAGUCUGUA